CCUAAGAGACAAAAGUCAGUGAACAGCCUAGGUUAACUCUGUGGUGAGAACAUACCCUCAGAUCUCUUACUUCUUCUAUUUGCCAGAUUGUGGGAUGAUUCUGAAUCAGCUGAGUAAAGUGUCUCUGUUUCCUUAAUUUUUUUUUUUUCUUUUUCCUGUUUUAAUACUGUUCUUUCUGGGCAACACAGGGUGAUUCUCAGGUUUUCUUCUCUAUUGCUAAUAGAGUUUUUUCACAAAACCUGCCAAUUUGGCCAGGCCUGGAGCUCAGCUGAAAGAAUAGGCUCUUUCUGAUGAGCUGCCUUACUCAGCUCCUCAGGUGGGAUCCCAGCUGCUCAGGAAACGAGAUGAGCUCUUGCUCCUCCCCUUAGUGAUUUCGUGCAAGUCUGGCAAGAGAAGAGGUAGUGGAAAGCUUUUUUCUUCCUUAGAAUGACAAGGAGAACUACCACGAGACUGUAAAAAUAGGGACUACCUUUUUGUCUGUUCUGCAGUGUCUGGCCUGUGAUUUAAGAGAGGAGCCGUCCUGUGCUGCAGCUGAAUUUCCUUGGCUUGGAAGGUGGAAAGGAAGAAUGUGUUACCUGUAGCUGGAGGUGAGAGACGUAGCAGCAAGACUCAGCUGUGCUCCAUGAUAAAUCAUUCACUUAUGCCCCAAAAAGACAGCUGCAAGGAGCAGAGCUAUUCUUCACUUUUGCAAGACAGCUUAGAUCCAGAUUGCUUCAUUGAUGCAGCUAUUCGGCAAAAAGUUUGGAUGCACGCAAAACUGCAGAGUCUUUGUAAAUUUAUCGUCUUGAGUCUUGGAGCUUCUGUUCAACAAAAAGCCAGAUUUAUACGCGUAUAGAGUCACAUCGCAGGCCGAGGCAGAUGGGCAAGCAAUACAAGCUGUGAAUUUAUUCUUGACCCCCAUAGGACAGUGACCACCUUCAUUUUUGUCUUCACCCUACAGAUAUGCACUGCCAAUAAGCAAAAAGGUCAAGAAAAGCAGUAGCUCAGUGGCUGAAUUUUUCAGAAGUGCUUUACAGCAGGGAAAGUGGGGAAACCUCUUAACGUGGUGUCUUACUCAAUCCUGGAGCACAGGGAAAGAGUUUUAAUGCAAAACAUCAGAAAAGAAAGGCUGCAACGUCUCCUGUGAGAGGGGGGAAAAAAGGAGAUUUACAAUUGCAUCUUGAAACACUCAUAUGAUUUGAGCUCUAUAGUACUUUAUUUGAAAGAGGAAAACCAGUGAGGACCUGUGAGCAAUACGGCACUUUCUGAAAAAUCUUCAUGCUAAAGGAUAAUCCAGAAUUCCCCGAAGAAGAGCGUAGUGAAUGUUAAUCCAGAGGAGCCAUCGGAGAAUCGUGCUCACGGGGAGAUGAUUCCUCAUGAAGUCACUGGAUCCCUUGCAGAAAUCAAAUGUGACUUUCCGUUUAUCAGACUGAAAUCAGAGCCAGCCAGACAGUGAAGCAAGCACAGUGGAGGGGGGACGGCGAAAGAUGAAAUCCAACCAAGAGCGGAGCAAUGAAUGCCUGCCACCUAAGAAGCGAGAAAUCCCUGCCACCAGCCUGCCUUCGGAGGUGAAGCCGGUCCUGCCAAACGAAAACCACCGUGCGGAUAACCUAGCAUGGCUCCCCAGCACACCCGGUGGCCAAGGUGGCCUGGGGACCCGGCACCGGCCUGGGGGGACAUCAUCGGUGGAGGCAGGCUUGCAGCAGGGUUUGCACAAGUCACUAUCUGCAGGGCUGGACUAUUCCCCACCGAGUGCACCCAGGUCCGUUCCAGCCUCCACCACUCUUCCCACGGUGUACUCGCCCGCCCUCUCCCAGUCAGGGACCCCUGUUUCCCCCGUGCAGUACACACACCUGCAGCACACCUUCCAGUUCGUCGGGCCCCAGUACAGCGGAUCGUACACCGGCUUCAUCCCCUCGCAGCUGAUUUCCCCAACGGCCAAUUCUGCGACCGGCGCCGUGGCAGCAGCCACGGCCGUUGCGACCACUCCAUCCCAGCGCUCCCAGCUGGAGGCUUAUUCCACUUUGCUGGCCAGCAUGAGCGGCUUAAGCCAGCAGGGGCACAAAGUUGAGCCGCACCUGGUCAGGACACCUGGACUGAUCGCCGCCGGGUCUCCUCCACCCACCCAGCAGAACCAGUACGUCCACAUUUCCAGCUCUUCCCAGAGCACUGUCAGAAAUCUCUCUCCUCCAACCAUCCCGGUCCCCCUGCACCCCCAUCAGACGGUGAUCCCACACACCCUCACCCUCGGCCCUUCCUCCCAAGUGGUGGUGCAGUACACUGACUCGGGGGGCCACUUUGUCACCAGGGAUCCCCCCAAGAAGCCCGAAAGCAGCCGGCUGCAGGCGAUGCAGGCCAAGGAGGUAUUGAAUGGCGAGAUAGAGAAGAGCCGGAGGUACGGCAUUUCGCCUUCUGCCGACAUGGGUCUAGUCAAAGCAGGCAAUAAACCAGCUCCCCAUCAUUACGAGACCAGGCACGUGGUGGUCCACUCGAGCCCCGCUGAGUACGGCGUGCGGGAUUCCUCAGGUGUCCGAGCCUCCGUCAUGGUAGUCCCCAACAGCAGCACGCCCACGGCAGACAUGGAGGUGCAGCAGGCCACCAACCGCGAGACCUCUCCCUCAGCCCUCAACGACAAGGGAAGCUUGCACUUGGGAAAGCCAACCCACCGGUCCUACGCCUUGUCCCCACAGCAGGCUCUGGGCCACGAGGGGGUGAAGGCGGUGGCCACGCUGUCCCCUCACACUGUCAUUCAGACCACCCACAGCGCCUCUGAGCAACUCCCCGUCGGGCUGCCGGCAACAGCCUUCUAUGCCGGGACCCAGCCACCGGUGAUCGGCUACCUGAGCGGUCAGCAGCAAGCCAUCGGGUACCCCGGCAGCCUGCCGCAGCACCUGGUGAUCCCUGGCACCCAGUCCCUGCUGAUACCGGUCGGCGGCGCGGACGUCGAGCCGUCAGGAGUAGCACCUGCGAUCGUCACGUCGUCUCCCCAGUUUGCAGCAGUGCCUCACACGUUCGUCACCACCGCCGUCCCCAAAAACGAGAACUUCAGCGCGGAGCCCCUCACCACCCAGCCCGCCUACCAGGCCACCAUGGUGCAGGCGCAGAUCCACCUGCCCGUGGUGCAGUCCAUCGCUUCCCCCGCCGCCGCGCCUCCCACGCUGCCCCCCUACUUCAUGAAGGGGUCGAUCAUUCAGCUGGCCAACGGGGAGCUGAAGAAAGUAGAGGACUUGAAAACAGAAGACUUCAUACAGAGCGCGGAAAUUAGCAACGACCUGAAAAUAGACUCCAGCACUGUGGAGAGGAUUGAAGACAGCCAUAGCCCAGGCAUCGCCGUGAUACAGUUUGCAGUUGGGGAGCAUCGAGCACAGGUCAGCGUGGAAGUCUUGGUAGAAUACCCUUUUUUUGUAUUUGGACAAGGCUGGUCAUCCUGCUGCCCCGAGAGAACCAGCCAGCUCUUUGAUUUGCCAUGCUCCAAACUCUCGGUGGGGGACGUCUGCAUAUCGCUCACACUCAAGAACCUGAAGAACGGCUCUAUUAAAAAGGGCCAGCCCAUGGACUCAGCUAGUAUCUUGCUGAAGCAUUCAAAGAAUGACAGUCUAGCUGGAAGUAGACACAGGUAUGCGGAGCAGGAAAACGGGAUUAAUCAGGGAAGCGCACAGAUGUUAGCUGAGAACGGUGAACUGAAGUUUCCGGACAAAAUAGGAUUGCCUGCAGCACCUUUGCUCACCAAAACAGAACCCAGCAAGCCCCCAGCAACGAGGAAGAGGAGGUGGUCAGCCCCCGAAACACGAAAACUAGAGAAAUCAGAAGAGGAGCCACCUUUGACUCUUCCCAAGCCUUCUUUUAUUCCUCAGGAGGUUAAGAUUUGCAUUGAAGGUCGAUCCAACGUAGGAAAGUAAAAGUUGUUUGGGGAAAGGAAAUUAGGCUAUCCCUUGUCAUUUUUAUCCAGAUUACUGUACUGUAGACUAAAUAACCCAGUAUUUACAUGUUAUCAUCUUAUUUUAGGUUUAUGUUAUAACCUUGUUGUUAUAGUUGCAGCUGGUAUUAUGCAGGAGACUGGUGCAUAUGUUUUUCCACAAGUGUUUGUCAGUGACUAGGUUUAUCGAGAGCUACGGAAGGGGCAGUACCUGCUUCACACACCCUUAGUGGAAAUGAAUGUGUUGUCAUGGCUCCUGUUUUCUAACACCUCGUGUAGGACAGGGUCCAGCUGUGAUUUUUUUUUUUUUUGUUUUCUUUUCGUUGUCGUGUUUUUUUGGUUUUGUUUUGUUGUUUUGGUUCCUCUUCUAGUUUUUUUGGGGGGGAGGUGAGGAGAAGGGAACUGUAGCAGAGGUGUGUGUCGCACGUGGGGUGCGUGUGUGUGCGCGUGCGUGUGUGUGCGCGUGUGUGUGUGUGUGCGCGCCGGUCCCGAGGAGGGACUGCGGCUCGGCGGCGGGUUGGUGAAGAGGUUUCCUCACCCCAGGUAGAUGCUGAGGACACAACCCAUGGGUGAUAUUGAGAAGGAUCGGACAGUCUCUGACGUUUUCAACAACAAGCCAACUCUUACUCAAGGCUCUACAGUAUAUAUAUAUAUAUAUAUAUAUAUAUAUGUAUGUAUAUAUAUAUAUAUAUUUGUGUGUGUGUAUAUGUAUAUAUAUAUUUUUUCCCCCCAUGGGGUCUGACUGCACUGAUUUUUAUUCCUAAAGCAACUGCCACACCAACAUUUCCUUUUCUGCUUGCUAGUGCAGUUCCAUUGCCCGGAGCCAGCAGGUGGGGAGGCUGUACGGACUCUUGCACUGGUCGCCCUGCAAGGUUUUUCCUCCCUUCGUGGCGGUGGGGUGGGUGGGUGCGUGCGUGUGGCGUGGGUGUGCGUGGGUGUGCGUUGAGUGUGGAGGCCUCCAGCUCCGCGGAUGCGCCUGGCUCGGGCUCACUCCUGUUUCUGUGCAGUGUUAGACAAAUCGACCGGGUUACGCCAUUGACAUUUGCUUCCACAAGGUAAACGCAUACUGCCCCUUUGAGAUCACAGGCAUCCAUUGUUUGCAGUUAUAGGUUGCAAAUCUUUGUCUUUAACUCUAGUACUGUUUUUAGUUCAUGAUUAUGGACAACUGGUGCCACUUUUUUCAAAUUUCGGUGUGACACGGGAAUCCGCUGUUGAAGAUGAACCUAGAAUGUCUUUAAGCACUUAAAAUGCUGUUCACACUUUAUUGCUGAGCAUCCUGGUCUAACACUCAGUACGUACUGUAUCUCACUUUAAUCUGCUCGGAAAGCAACAACAACAAACAAACAAACAAACAAACAAACAAAUCUCUUCAACACUGUAACUACAUGCAACUAUGUAAAGUUUUCUCACAGGCAAGAUGAUGAAAGUUUUAAUGUGGUUUCAAAGGGAUGAAUGUGAAUUAUUGAACUAGUAUGUGACAGUCAUUGUCCACAAAGGACUACUUAAUAGGAGGCACUUUUUAAACUUUAAUGCUUGAGAAAGAGUUAAAGGCAUAUGCGAGCUGACAGAUAAUAAAAAAAAAAAUAAGAGAAAGGAAAAAGGAAAGAGGAAAAAAAAAAUCAUUGUCCAGUGUUUUUGAAAAAGAUGGACUUUAAAGAAUCUUGCAAUUUGCACAUCUUGAGUUUAUCAUUUGUGUGGUAUUCCUGCAGUUUUUACCUAAUAAUGUUGUGGGUUGGGGGGGUCUGAAAGAGCAUAAACAAAUGUAGCAAUUACUCACUAACCUGCCUACGCUCUAGGCCAUUUCAUAGGGUUACGUUCCUUUCGGAGUUCAUUUUUGGUCUUUCUACCAUAUCUGCCACACAGAACCAGGUCCUACCGGGACAGCUCUGAGAAUUUUUCUUCAGACUUGCUGAGAGAGUUUUCCACAAGAAACAUUUCUGUACGUAAGCAAGGUGUUUUGUUUGUUUUGAAAACAAACCUAUUGUUAUUUUAUUAUUAUUAUUAUUUGUUAUUUUAAUUGCAUCGGGGUUUUUUUUCCAUUGGAAAGGCGAGAUUUCCAGAGUUUGGU